AUGGAGUCUCAUAUAGACUUAGCAACAAGUUCCCAUCUUCAUUUAGUUCACUUAAAGCUAAAUAAUACAGAAGAUGAGUUGAAGAACACAAAAGCUGAGUUAGAGAAGGCCCUGCAACAAUUACAGUUGUCAAGCAUAAAACAUACCAACUCUUUUCUUUGGCGGAUUGAAGGUUUCAGUAAGAUUCUCAGAAGAGCACAGAAAAAAGAUGAAACCGAAAUAGAAAGUGAUCCAUUCUACACAAAUACUGAAACAGAAUGUUAUGGCUACAAGUUAAAAGUAAUUGUUUGUCCUAACGGUGAUGGCGAUGGAGAAAAAACUCACCUUUCUGUAUACAUUGUUAUAAUGAAAGGUGAAUAUGACGCAAUAUUGCCCUGGCCUUUCUCUAAAAAAGUGAAGUUCACGUUAAUUGAUCAAGAGGAGGAUCCGGAUCAACGGCAAAACAAAACUCAUAAGUUCGUUUGGCAAGAUUGUGAAAGCUUGGCAAGGCCCGUGACAGGCGAAAACGAUGGAGUGGGUAGUCCAAAAUUUGUAUCUCAUGAGGAACUUAAUUCGAGACGCUUCCUUGUGGAUGACACCUUGUUUCUUCUGGUUGACAUUGAGUGA